UUCCACUGGUGUUGAAAGCCGGUGAAAUUAAAACAGGCCAAAUCCGUUCUACCUACUUUAGCUCUAUGAGUAGCUCCUCCUACCGGAGGAGUUUUGAAGGAAUCGGUUACUCGAGUUCCCAUCAUACUAGGCACAAUGGCCGCUAUAGCUUGGUCGUAUAACAGGGGCUGUGGAUGUUAUGAAAUCCAUUAACAUCGCCCUUAAACUAGGCCGGGUUGCUUCCCAGAGCCACGAAAAAUAAACUGGAACAUAUUCUGCACAUGAAUAUAUGAUAAUUUCUAACAAAUAUCAAACCUACAAAGAGAUAAACUGGCAUAUUAAAGCGAAUAUGUAAACAGUAGCUACCAACGGGGUCAAGUUUUUUUUUUAGUUUGAGAAAAUAUUGCCCAUUGAUAACGGACUAUACUUGUUUCUGAAGUCAAGGGCAGUGAAAUUGUGGAUCUAAAAUAACUUAUCCAUAGACAUGUAUCGGGCAUGGAUAGCCAACUUAAAGGGCGACUUCAAUCUUUUUCCUUUUUGUUUUGACGACAACUGCUAGCUUGCUUGCUAGCUAGCCAGCUAGCUUUAUAGCAUUGGUUAGCUGGCUAAAUUACAUACAAGGGGAGAGAGCAGUAAAAUAUUCGUCUUGGGAUUUUGUUUCAAGCUCUUAAAACAAUCCUGGUGGAGAGGUACUGAUCACCGACUUUUUGAUUACGAACACAUUUUUCAUAUCUAAAAAAAAUGCCUCUUGAUCUGACUGGAAUGAGCUGGGGAUAAACCUUGAGGACACAACGUGGGCAGACUUGAUUCGAUAGGUCCGAGUCUGGGAGAAGGACCGCUGCUGACGUGAGGAAUGCCUGGAUCAGACCGACAACAUGGGACCAAGAGAAAGCCAGAAUCCAGCAGCACUAGCGUCUCUGUACAACCCCUGCAACCUGCUACAAGCGCCAACAGCGGGCCUCACCAAACCUCAGGGUCGCGUCACAACUCUGCAGCGAACAUGACCAGUAAAGACGGGAAACCUCAGUCCAAAUCUCCGGGCUCGUCUGGCUUGACGUCUAAGCACAAGCGGCAUAAAUCAUCGAAGCACGGCCGAGAGUCCUCCUCAGCGGCGUCAGCAGAGGCCACGGUUUUCACUGCACCGAGUCAUGCGCCGCCACCUGCAGUCGGCGCCAUCAAGCCACUAGUUGAGUAUGACGACAUAAGCUCCGAUUCCGACACCUUCUCAGAUCCACCGGCCAGAACGGCUGAGCGGAGAGAUGAUGAACGUUCAGAGUCGUCGGAUUACUGCAAGGGUGAUAACGGGGGCGGGGCGGACGGGGCUAGAGAGAGCCGGUCUCAUAAACACCGGCAUUCCCGGAAAAAAUCUAAGGACCCGCAUAAAGUAAAGGAGUCAGUGGACGGGGCAGGGAACUCGAAAAAGAAGAGCAGUAAGGAGCCAGACAGGGAGAGAGAGGGAAAGAGCAAAGAUAAGCUCUCCUCUUCUGUCGCAGGACUGAAGAGACAGGAGGCAGGUGUCGUGAAACGCAGCGGAGAGUCUCCAUCCACUGCACUCCAGCCAGGGGUUAGCCUGGGGAGUAGCACCUCCUCAGCUCGGAACAAAGAGGGGAGCCGGUCCAAAACCCGCAAAGACAAGCAGCAUCGGGAGAGCGGGAGCCAGGGCCGCAGCUCUUCCAAGGGGGAGCGCUCGGACAGGAGCCAUCGCAAGUCCUCCAAAAGUCACAAGUCCAGCCCAAAGGGCAAGGCCUCAUCCCGGAGCAGUCCGCGCCGCAGACAGCAGACUUCUGGCUCGACUUUAUCUCCUAGCCCUCGAAGGGGGGACAGUCCUCUGGGAAUGGGCGUCUACGGGGCAGAGGUUGAAGACAUUUACUCAUCACGCCGUAGGGCCCAGAGCCCAAGCCCAUACCGGGAGUCGGUGAGACGAAGCAGGCAACGCUCAGACAGCCCCUAUGGGUCCAGGCACAGAUCCUCCAGCUACGAGAGGGACACCAGCCCCUAUUCUUCACGGAAACGGCUAUCAGUCAGUCCCUAUGGCAACCGGAGAUCCUCAAGUGCAAGCCCCAUGUCCAGACGAUCUGCUCGCUCCCGCACACGCUCUCCUCCGUACUCGUCCCGCCGCUCCUCCCGCUCGCGCAGCAAGAAGCGCUCGUCUGCGACGGCCAGCGGCUCCCACAGCAGCCGACCAACCAGCCGCUCCCCCUCCUCCUCGCGCCUGCCAAUCGCCUCCAGCCUGGGGGCGGAGCUGAGCCGGCGCAAGAAGGAGCGCCAGGCCGCGUCGUUGGCGGCCUCCCGUGGCUCCUCCCCCUCCCGGCGGACCGCCACGCCCACAACGCCCUCCACCCGGCCCCGUGACCAAGACAUGGAGCCAUCAGACCGCACCCCCAACCGCGUGGAGAGAGCCGUGGUCCAGCCCGCUGAGCCUCCUCCCCCGCCCCCUCCGGAUGCUCUGCCUGACGUGUUUCUCGGUAAAGAGAACGCGGCACCUCCUCCACCUCUCCCCUCACCCCCACCUCCUCUCCCGCUCACCUCUCCCCCUCCGCUGCCUCUCACCUCUCCUCCUCCUCUCCCACCGUCUCCGGCAGCUCUCAGUGCUGCCCAGUUAAGGUCCCGCCCCAGAUCACCAGCCAAUCAGAGCCACACACGCAGCCCUGGCCAUAAGGCUCUGCCAAUGAAAACCUCCACAUUGCCACCCCUCCCACUGCCUCCAAUGCUCCUGGGAGAGAUGAGGGACAGCCCAAAGAAGAGCACGCCUCCUCAGCGGUCGUCACGCAGGGAGAAGGAGAGGGAGGCGCGGCCGCGCUCCCUGCUCAGUGACCUGCCCCUCCCACCCACCCAGCACGGAGGAGACGCCUCCCCGCCACAGUCACCCCUGCAACAAGCCAUGCCUCUUGUGCAGCCAACCUACAAAAAGAGACCAAAGUUCUGCUGUCCGCGGUAUGGCGAGCGGAUGCAGACCCAGAGUGACUGGGGCAAGCGCUGUGUGGACAAAUUUGACAUCAUUGGCAUCAUUGGAGAAGGCACCUAUGGCCAGGUGUACAAAGCCAAGGACAAGGACACAGGUGAGCUUGUUGCCCUGAAGAAGGUGCGUCUGGACAAUGAGAAGGAGGGCUUCCCCAUCACUGCCAUCCGCGAGAUCAAGAUCCUCCGGCAGCUCAACCACCGCAGCGUGGUGAACAUGAAGGAGAUCGUUACUGACAAGCAGGACGCCCUGGACUUCAAGAAAGACAAAGGUGCCUUUUACCUGGUGUUUGAGUACAUGGACCAUGACCUGAUGGGGCUGCUGGAGUCGGGUCUGGUGACCUUCUCCCAUGAGCACGUCCGCAGCUUCAUGAGGCAGCUGAUGGAGGGCCUGGACUACUGCCACAAGAAGAACUUCUUGCACAGAGACAUCAAGUGCUCCAACAUACUACUCAACAACAGUGGUCAGAUCAAGUUGGCAGAUUUUGGUUUGGCUCGGCUGUAUAACUCUGAGGAGAGUCGGCCCUACACCAAUAAGGUGAUCACACUGUGGUACCGCCCGCCUGAGCUGCUCCUGGGGGAGGAGAGAUACUCCCCCGCCAUCGACGUGUGGAGCUGCGGGUGCAUCCUGGGAGAGCUGUUUACAAAAAAGCCCAUUUUCCAGGCCAAUCAGGAGCUGCUGCAGCUAGAGCUCAUUAGUCGCCUGUGUGGCAGUCCCUGUCCUGCUGUCUGGCCUGACGUCAUCAAGCUACCCUACUUCAACACCAUGAAGCCCAAGAAGCAGUACCGGCGCCGACUACGAGAGGAGUUUGCCUUUUUACCGUCUCAUGCUCUAGACCUGCUGGACAGAAUGUUGACCCUUGACCCCUCGCGGCGUUGCACAGCGGAGCAGGCACUCAACAGCCAAUUCCUGUGUGACGUGGAACCCAGCAAGAUGUCGCCUCCUGACCUCCCGCAUUGGCAGGACUGCCAUGAGCUGUGGAGUAAGAAGCGACGCAGGCAGCGUCAGAGUGGGCUGUCUGAGGAUGUGCCUGUUCCCAAAGUGCCCCGGAAGGACCCAGUCCCACCACCCAGUGGAGAGAACAGCCGGCCUCCACCCAGCCCUCCUCCGCCUCCACCGUCAGCACGCCCCCAGCCCCCAGCAAACAUCUCAGCCAAUGAACUGGCAGGCUUGAAUCAGACGGAGCUGGCCGUGCUGCUGAACCUGCUCCAGGGCCAGACCGACAGUCUCCCUCAGAUGGCCCAGCUGCUCACCUCUUCCUCCUCCUCCUCCACCAACCCCGCCACCCCCACCCGUCCCCACACCAUCACCCCCUCUGCCGAGCACCCCGCACCCCCUCCACAGCCCCCCCACGAGCCCGACCCCACCCAGCAGCUGGAGCUCCUGAGCCAGACGCUCUCCUCAAUCCUGCAGUCGUCCCAGCCCCCGGCGGGGCACCCGCCCGAGGAGCCGUCCGUGCACAGGCAGCCCCCUGAGCCGCCGCCCCAGGCGGGCCCCGAGUCCGCGUUCAGCCACGAGGACCAGGCCAGCCUCUUCGCUCUGCUGCUGGGCCAGCUCAUGAAGCCAGCGGCGCAAGGCGUGGUGGAGCAGAGCGCCGACGAGAGCAAUGGCAUCCAGGCUGACGAGGCGACACGCGGGACCCGUGGCGGGCCCGUUACCGGCGGCGAUCGGAAGGAUGACUCUUUGAGGAAAGUGAAUGCCCAUGACCUGGCGGACCCUGAACGACGGCCCCCAUCACCCCCUCACCCUCCCUCACAGCACAGACUCACGGAUAAUAUCAGUCCCACGAUGGCGACGGCUUUGCUCCAGCUAAUUUCCCAGCAGGACUCUCAAGGCAGGCCUCCUCCGCAGGAGCCCCAGGCCAGCCAAGAGCCGUUCCCCCAGGUCGGCGCCAAUACAGUGCCCCAAAACUGGACCAUACCUCCAGGAAAUUCGCCUCUGACUAGAUCAGCCCACCCCACCCAACCCCAGUGUGACGCUAACUCCACUACUAAUGUGACGGCUAACGCUACAUCCAGCUCCAUGCAGUUCCCCAGGGACCAGGACUUCCGUUUUACCCAGAUGGGUCCACCCUGAGUUGGACGGCUUGCUUAAACACUGGGGCCUAGGACCACAUGGAGGCCGGCGAUGGUUGAGGGAAGAGGCUCGGAGUAUCUGUCGGACCUUUGCUGAGGAGGAAGGACAUUGCUGUUAUUCCACAUCCUGAACGCCAUCCUGUCUUUCUUACACCUGCAGUACCCCUCCACUAAGACAUGAUCAGCAGUUGUUGUUUUGCGAAUCUGGUGAAUGACAAGAAUUGAAAUGCGUGAAUGUUUCUGUAUGAAUGUGCUUUUAUGCACCAUUUCAAAAUAUGCCACAGCUCUGCGUGGCAUCACGGCUCUAAAGCAGGACUUGAUUGUUUGGGUAGUUUAAGGUGAGUCAAAGUUGUGUGAGGGAACGGGGUAGCGGAUGAAUUUGUUUGCUUUUUAAAAAUUCCCUUUUGAAGUAUGAACCUUUUGCUCUUGUGCCUCCCGUGUUACUAUCGUAACUCUUAAGUAGCAUCUGUCUGGCAUUCAGUGCUUUCGUUAGUGUGUCCGUGCUCCGGCAGUGCUGUUUCAGAGAUGCUCUGCUCAGCUCAGCUGCAUCGGAGUUCCUUUAAGUCACUGAGAUUUGUCCCGUUUUUCUUUUCUGCUAACCCUAUCCCUUUAUCACAACUGGCACUCAAUAUAUAGAAACUCAGAUAAUGACUAACUGCGAGAAUGACCCAUAGAUUACCAAUCACUCCAUUCUCUGUGCACGUUCAGUCAUUCCACCCUGUUAAUCCAAGGAAUUGGCUCACUAUUUCCUCCAUUUAAAAGAAAUCUGACAAAACCCUAUUCUGCUUUCUCCAGCAAAUUAUGAAGAAAAACAGACUGAGUUAAAUGUGGUUUCUAUGAUAUUUUGUAAUAUGUAUUUUUUUUUUCUUUUCUGUUGAUUAAAAGAAAUCAAUUGAAAUCA